AUGGUUUCUUUUAAGUCCCUCGCUUCAGCGGGUUUUGUUCUCGCUGGUCUUGCCUCUGCUCAUCCUGGUGAGAAGCAUGAUCAUCAGAAGAUUAAGAGACAGAUUCAGACCCGUGAUGCUAUCGCCAACUUGGGUCAGAGGUCGUUGAACGCGUGCUCUGGUUCUCUUCAUGCUCGGGAGCUGAAGGUUCGUUCGAUUGCUCGUCGAGCAGAGAAGGUCGAACAGCUCCGUAAGAGACUUGGUAUCAAGACUGCUGCCAAGAAGCAUCGCCGCGAUGAGGACGAUAUUGUCAAGUGGGAGGCUGUCAACCAUAACAAGACUGCAGUCUCAGACAACAACAUGUUCACUCCUCUCGAGACAGUUUUUGGCGCCAACUCCAGCUGUAUCCUGUCACCCGAGAUCACUGCUGGUCCUUACUACAUCGUCGGCGAAUACUUGCGAUCCAACGUCAUCGAAACGGAGUUCUGUGACGGUGUCCCUCUGUUCCUCGAGGUCCAAUACGUCGAUGUCUCCACCUGUAAUGGAGUACCCAACUUGGCUACCGACGUUUGGAACUGCAAUGCCACUGGUGUUUACUCCGGAGUUAGCUCCCAAGCUGGUCUGAACACCACUUUCCUCCGCGGUAUUCAGAUCACCGACCACGAUGGUGUUGUCCAGUUUGAGACUAUUUUCCCCGGUCACUAUGAGGGUCGUGCCACUCAUACUCAUCUCCUCACCCACGCCAAUGCAUCGGUUUCUUCCAAUGGCACUAUUCAGGUCUACAACAGUCCUGUUCAACACAUUGGUCAGCUUUUCUGGCCCGAGGAUCUUCGUGAGGAAGUCGAAGCUCUUGCGCCUUACAACACCAACACUGUUGAAGUGACCACCAACGAGGAGGAUAUGUGGUCUGUUCUUCAGGCUGAUGAGUCUUAUGACCCCUUCCCUCAGUACGUCUACCUGGGAGACUCUGUUCAGGAUGGAAUCUUUGCCUGGAUCCAAAUCGGUAUCAACACUACUGCGGACUACACCUCUGACGAGUACUACGGCGUUGCUGGAUACUUGGCUAGCGAUGGUGGUCAUGCUUUGGACAGUGGUAUUGGUGGAGGCGGCGGUGGCGGUGGCCAGGGAGGUCAACCUCCUUCUGGAAGUGGAACCCCUCCUGCUGGCCAGCCUACUGGAACUCGAUCUGCCUAA